UUAACUAAAUUCCUUUUCAAUCCGUUUACUAACUGCCGGGCAGUGAGUCCUCCUCACUGCCAUAGCUCUUUCCUCGCUUGACUCCCUCUUUCCUCGGCUAUCCUUUUGUCUGGCUCAGCCAGUGCCGGAGGGAGACAGUGAGCAGAAGAGAGCGAAACGAGGCCGAAUGACCGAGCUUGACUAGGAGUACAGCCGAAAGCGAAAAACAGGGAAGCCACCUCCCCCUCUGUUUAGCACGGUUCAGGAGCAGUGCAAUUCAUUCCUCUAUCUCCUCCACAGAACUCAGAAGGCUUGGUCUAUAGUGCUGCUGAUGCUGCGUUAGUCUACACAUGAAAACCUAGACUAAACGGAAACAGGCAUAACACUCGCGGUAUCGCUGCCACAUAGGUAUAAAAUAAGAAACAACGUGCAUUAUUACUCGAUCGCCUUUAACCCGCGUUUGUAAGAUGACCCGGCAUUUCAAUUGUCUGGGUACUGCGGCUCGCAUCCUGCCGCACGCUUCCUCUCACUUCUAGCUCAGCAUCCAUAUUUUUCGCAUCUCCGUGUGUGGCUGUAGGGAGUGGCAGGCUACUGAUAAAUCGCUAACGUUAGGACUACGUUGAUGUCUCUCCCAAGGAACAAGUAAGAGUGUGUCGACGACUGCAGGAUAUAUUUGGUAACUUGGACAUUAAAGCUCAUAGGUGAAAUGGGAGGCGAAGUUCAACAUUCCAACGCCUAACACUUCUGAAAGCCGGAGAAAUUCUGCGAACGCAUCUCCACAGAAAGUUAUGAAUAUGCUGAAGCCGAGUGGACUGAAGAUUCCUGGAAGAGGCCCAAAACACUCCAGCCCCGUAGGAAGAUCUUCUGCUGGGUCAUCUUCUGGCACGACAGCACAGAAAGACAGUCCCCCAAGCAAACAGACCACCCCGACGCCUAGCAAUGCUCCGGAGAAGGCCGGCUCCAAGGUGGCAGAGGUCGGGGACGACGUCCUGGGGGACUUUGUGGUUGGCGAGCGGGUGUGGGUGAACGGCGUGAAGCCGGGGUGCAUCCACUACCUGGGGGAGACGCAGUUCGCCCCGGGACAGUGGGCGGGGGUGGUGCUGAAUGAGCCCGUGGGCAAGAACGAUGGCUCGGUGGGGGGUGUGCGCUACUUCGAGUGCCAGCCCCUCCAGGGCAUCUUCACCCGCCCCUCCAAGCUCACCCGGCAGCCUGUUGGGGAUGGCAGCGACACCCAGUCCACCGAUUCGCUCACGGCCCAGAACCUGACGCUCCACGGCAGCUCUGCCCCCUCUGCCCAGCGCGUGGUGAUGCCCUUGAGGGAGGGCAUGCUCAACAGCUCGGUGAAGACGGGCAACGAGUCCGGCUCCAACAUGUCUGACAGCGGCUCUGUCAAGAAGGGAGGUGACAAGGACCUUCGAGUGGGAGACCGAGUGCUGGUCGGCGGGACCAAAACGGGCGUGGUGCGGUACGUCGGGGAGACCGACUUCGCCAAGGGGGAGUGGUGCGGCGUGGAGCUGGACGAACCCUUGGGGAAGAACGAUGGCGCGGUGGCUGGAACCAGGUACUUCCAGUGCCCGCCGAAGUUCGGCCUGUUCGCCCCCAUCCACAAGGUCAUCCGCAUCGGCUUCCCGUCCACCAGUCCUGCCAAGGCCAAGAAGAGCAAGCGCAUGGCCAUGGGCGUGUCGUCGCUGGCCCACAGCCCCAGCAGCUCCUCCAUCAGCUCCGUCAGCUCCGUGGCGUCCUCGGUGGGCGGGCGGCCCAGUCGUACCGGCCUGCUGACGGAGACGUCCUCGCGGUACGCCCGGAAGAUCUCGGGCACCACGGCGCUGCAGGAGGCCCUGAAGGAGAAGCAGCAGCACAUCGAGCAGCUGCUGGCCGAGAGGGACCUGGAGAGGGCCGAGGUGGCCAAGGCCACCAGCCACAUCUGCGAGGUGGAGAAAGAACUGAGCAUGCUCAAGGCCCAGCAUGCACAGUAUGCAACAGAGGCUGAGAGCAACUUGCAGCAAGCGCGAACUCUGUUGGCCAGUGCUCAGAAGGACAAGGUCGAACUGGCCAAUCAGCUUGAGGAGGAAAAAAGGAAAGUGGAGGAUCUUCAGUUCCGUGUGGAGGAGGAGUCUAUCACCAAAGGAGACUUGGAGACACAGACGAAAAUGGAGCAUGCCCGUAUUCGGCAGCUCGAGCAGAGUCUGCUGUUAGAGAAAUCCAAACUGGAAACACUGCAGAAAGAGUUAGAGGAAAAGAGGCAAUCUACUGAGGAGGAAAAGAGCCGGGUGAUGCAGCUGGAGGAGGAGCUGGCCCUGCGGAAGGCGGAGAUCGAGGAGCUGCAGGCCAGGCUGAAGAGCCCCAACCUGGCUGAGGCGGGAGACGCAGGGCCAGGGCUGCACAGCGAGGCCUUCCUGCUGAGGGAGCAGCUCCUGACGGCCGGCCGCGAGCACCACAAGGAGAGCAGCCAGCUGCGGGAGAAGUACGAGGCUGCCCUGAGCGCCGCCCGCCAUGAAGCCGAACGCCUGCAGGGCACCGUGGACAAGCAGGGCCAGGAGAUCGGCGACCUGAAGCAGAAGCUGCAGCAGGCCACGCGGGAGAACAUGGAGAUGAUGGACAACUGGAAGUCGAAGCUGGACACCCUGGUGAACGACCACCAGCGAUCCCUGGAGGACCUCAAGGCUUCCCUGACUACAGACGGCACCAAGGAUGGCCAGGACAAGGACCUGGUGGAGCUCCGGACGGCCCUGGAGAGCCUCAAGAUGGAGCAUCAGCUGGAGGUGGAGAACCUAAAGGCCAAGCAUGAGAUUGAGGCGGCAGUGCUGGCCAAGGAGAAAGAGGACCAGCGCAGCAGGCUGCAGCAGGCUCAGGAGGAGCUGGAGGAGAGCAAUGAGAACUGGAAGAGACAGAUGGAGGCAAAGGCUGCCCAGCAUGCCCUAGAGCUGAAGGAGGCCUCUGAUCAGCUGCAAAAGGCAGAGCUGAGGCUCUGUGAGCUGGAGAAGCUCCAGGAGGAGUACAAGGAGCAAGUCCAGGCCAAAGAGCUCCUAGAGGAGAAACUGUCUCUGGCUGAGAAGAAGAUGGUAGACUAUGAGGCCCUGCAGAAGGCAGAGGCUGAGAGCCGGACAGAGAUUGGCAGCCUUCAGGAGAAACUUAGGGUGACUGAAAACCGUUUACAGGCCGUGGAGGCUGACCACACUCCACAGGACGCCAAUAUGAUAGAAAAUAAUGACAUCUCUGAAGAGAAGAUGAAUUUAAAACAGACUGUUGAAGAGACCAUAGAGAAGCUGACAAAAAGGGAAAAAGAAGUAUCUACACUGUCAUCACAGGUUGAUGCCCUCAAAUCUCAAAUCACAGCCCUGGAAGGCAAGGUUCGCUCCACAGAGAAGAAAGCCGAUGGACUCCACCGCGACAAGAUGCGCCUGGAGGCUGAGCUGGAGUCCAUGACCAAGAAAUCCCAUGAUGCCUCAGGGCAGCUGGUUCUCAUCAGCCAGGAGCUUCUUAAGAAGGAAAGGAGCCUGAAUGAACUGAGGGUGCUGCUGCUAGACUCCCCCCGACACUCCCCAGGCCUGGACAGGGACCUAAGCCGGGAGGUGCACAAGGCCGAGUGGAGAAUGAAGGAGCAGAAGCUGCAGGAAGACAUCCAGACCCUGCGGGAGAAACUGCUACUGCUGGGCCGGGAGAGGUCUUCCCCCGACCAUCGCAGGUACUCCAUGAUGGACCCGUCAGCCUCAGACGCGGAGGUAGCGAGGCUGAAACAGAGGCUUCUGAACACGGAGGAUGCUUUGAGGAACGCCCUGGAGCACAACCAGCGGGUUGACCAGCUGGUGCAGGCCAUGCGUACCCACCCCGAGAAGACCCAGGCACAUGGGAGUGCAAAUUCAGCCAAUGGGAUUCAUCAACAGGAUAAACCUUUUACACAAGAAGAGAAACACUGAUGAAGGAGGGAAGCAGGCUACAUCUGUGUUUUUGGAGAUGUGUGGAGGAACAUUAUGAAAAGGGAGCAGCCAGUUUCGUGUUUAGACAUUGGGGAGUGGUACUGAAGUUUCGCUGGACACUUGAAGACAUUUUGCGUUUACAGUUAUUACCAAAAUCAUCAUUGAUAUUCAGAGACAAAUAAAUCUGUCACUAAAAGCUCUCUCUCCCCCCCCUCCCCAAUUCCAACUGUCCCUUGCUCCAAAUACCCACUAAACAUAUAUGGAGGUGAUAAAUCCAUGGUACGAUAUUUGCUACUUUUAGCUACCUUUUCAGACUACCUCCCAUAAUACUAAUAUUGGACGCUAAAAUUACAUCUGAGGGCAGUGCUUAAAUGGGUCAGAAGACUGGAACCACACAUGCCACAAAACUGGAAGACCCUGGAUUCUCUACUGCAAGAAAAAAUUGAAAAAAUCUGAUGAUUUGCUGAAUGCCUUCUGUAGACUCUUGCCGUUUCAGGGCCAGUUGAAAUUAGCCCAGAUUUUAGGCUCGGUUGACAAUUUUGUUUAAUUUAUUGCUGUGCAGCCACCCCGUUUUCAAAUUGGCCAGUGGUAAACACACUUCGACUUUGAACAACCGGCUGAACCUCAUUUGCUUUAACGGACUUUUGCUUCGUUUUCCCCCUUGCAUCUGUUGUGUACAUGUGAAUAAAAAUGGAAAGGCUGCCAGAAUUCAGUUGGGGCCUAUUUUGUGAGUAUUUGAAUACAUAUUCUUUGGACCUGUGCAUUAUACGAUAUUUAAUCCAACCGAAUAAAUCCAACUGAGUUGGUGCAGCAGCACUUAAUAGCUUUUAGUGUAAUGACUUGCUAGCUGCUGUUAACUGAACUGUAUGGAAUUACACCAUGGCUAAGCUUGAUUUGACAGCAGUAAACCACACCAUGUAGUGUUUUAAAAUGGAAUGAAUGUGUUGGGGGAAAUAACUUUAUUUAAAUACCAGUGUUAAGAUAAAUGGUUACCUUUUUUUAAAGUCAUUCUACCCUACCUUAUGGAAUUCAGUCAGGAUCAUUGGGACCAGCUUUGGCCUUCAGUUCAGCUCUGUUCAACACAGUUUGAAAUAAAGCCAGACAUUGUUCAGCUGUAUUCUUUCUUGGCUGGAGAGCGCUAGGAUUACAUUUGAAACCCUUGAAGUCAUUAAGUACAGUAUAAACCUUGUCUUCCAGAUUUUUAUUUAUCUCCAUUUAGCAAAUCAUCUGGGCGGUCAUUACUUCAUUUGCUGAUUGCUGAGUACAGUUGGUGCUUGUGAGCUUGAAGUGGAGGAGGCUAAAAAUGUACCUUUAAACUGCUAAUUGUCAUAAACCUGUUCUUGAUUAUUUUGUGUGAUUAACAAGUGUGAGGAUUUAAAUAAGGAUCAACCAUCGGCAGUUGAUUGCUUUUGCAUAAUUGUGUCUGAAGUGGUGGCAUAAUCUUUGUAUCCCUUGUGUGCUUCACAUAAAUUUAAGACCAGUCUAAAAUUGCCUUCUUAAAAUCGAAAUGAUUUAAUGCAAUCCAAUCUCUCUAUUUAAAUCUCUCUAUGAGUUUAAUUUGGACCGCACAAAGGUAAUACAACCAUAUUAACUUCACAAAUGGAACACACCUUUUAGUCAGUGAAAACAAAAACAGGUUCAGGAUGAUUAUCAAGUUUUUUAGCCUCGCCUGUUUUAAGCUCAAAAGCCUCCAAUGGCUGAGUUGUAUGUAGUCUUUGUAAAGCUUUAUAGCCUUGAGCAAGAAAUAAAAAAAAAACAUAAUUCCCAGGAAGUGGGAAUUCCAAACUCUUUUGGUUUUAUAUAUUAAGUGGGAAAGUGGGAAAGGACUGGUACCAGUCAGCAGCGCUGAAUUUACAAAUUGUCCUUGUCAUUAAAAACAACAUUUUGCCUUUUCUCAGCUGUAAACCUACUUAUACCCUACAGUACUGUAACUCCAUGGUUUUUGAGACUUUUAGUCAUUAAAUAUUAACAAUGUGGGACACAUCUGGGCUGUUUUUUUAACAUGAGCCACAAAUCAUUUGGGUCUUUGUGUUGCAUAAUCUCAGAGUGUAGUCGAUGGGAACUCCCCCCAAGCAGUGGAACACAGGAGCAGUCCUUAAAUGUGUGUAAGGCGUUUGUAUGGAGUUCAUCCUUUGCCACAUAGUAGAAAACAUUCUCCAUUUUCAGGAGGGUGUAACACUUUUUGUUUUUGUCGUCUGACAGAUAUGCCUAAGCUUACUGCACACAGAAAACCCAAGUUACAAUGAACUCAAGAUAUUGUAAGCAUGACCCCCCCCCCAACAUUAUGCAGUAAAUGUUUGCAUUGGUGUGAAAACAUCCCCUUAUGAGCGCCAGGUGAUACUUUGUUCGCUUUUCACAAAAGGUACAUACAUCUUUGACAACAUUCUACCUUUGCUUCUCAUCACCUCAAAUUUAUUACAGAACAUUUUUAAACAUCACAUUAUUGCCAUUUAGCAGACA